AAUAUGCCAAAAAUCGCAUUGGCUUCAUAUUUUUAAAUCCUUUGUAUUUAUAUACCAUUAAAAUGCCGAAACCUAGAAAAUUAAACGAGAGUCCUACACGAACAGAUAAAUCUAAAGGAUCCAAGAAUGAAUUGACAUCUAAAUCCGAUCAGAAUGUUAUAGUGAUGAAAAAUUUGAAUUCAGGCGAUGACACCGGUAAGAUAUCUCCACGUGUGCGUCGCAAUAUGGAGCGUGUGGAAAUGCUUGCGCGUCCCACGGCUCGCCGCUUACGCUCGCUCUGGGAUGAGAAAUGUGCAAUAUUACCACCCGAGCGAAGAGAUAAAAUCAAAAGCGCUUUAGAAGAAGACUAUUUCCUGAGUCCGGAACAAACAGAACAAUACUUCCAAGCUUUAGCAGAGUCGUCUAAGAAGUGGUCGGGUCCCGGCGGGAUGGUCAGUCGCAAGGAACAAAUGGAUAAGGCACGGGAGCUCCGGCAGCGACAGAAGUGGCUUGUCAAUUUUAGUGCUCAGGAGAGCCAAAGCCAUCCCGUACACAUCCAGGCCGCCUCGCCCGCUUUAUGGUCGCCAUCUCUGACCGCAUCGCCGUCUGGAUCGAGAAUGCUGUCUAUAGAGCGGAUGCCUUCGAGCCCGAAGAGUGCGAAUCUACGGAUGAGCAUAUACGUUUGGAUGCUGAAAAACCACUCAUUUGUUAAUAAUAAUACAGUUCAGUUUACAAUAGUUGGUAAUUGGCAUCCUUCCUGUUGUGUUGCGUGGCUUUGGCCGCCGCAGCUCCGCAGUUGGUCGUCCCCGCUGGUGUGGUGCCAGGAGUGGUCGCGCCUGCUGGUAUCGUCGCCCCCGGCGUGGUCGCCCCUGGUGUCGUGGGAUUAUCUGGAUUGGUUGCUGCCCCCAGGACGAUCGUUGCUGGCCCAACUGUUAUCAACGGCGUGGCUGGUGUUCCCGGUGCUCAGCUCAUCGCCCCUGGAGUGGUCGGCACUGCUCUGAUCUAAAGCCCUCCCUUCCCUGCUCCUCUUUAAAUACACUGCCCCCCCAAACCCUACCAGACAAUCGGUGCAUACAAUUAAUCUGUACAUAAUGUUCUAUUGACAAAUUAAAAGUAUUUUCU